AGAAGUUUAUUCACAUUUUGGAUGUACAGUUUUAAAGCACGCUGCUUUUAAGAAGCUUUAUAACCACUUCAGUGUCACAUAGGAGCCAUAUGAGGACUUUUAACCUGCUGGAGAAGAUCUGAGGAUUUCCCACUCACACUGUAAUCCAAAAUUCCAUCUCCUGAAGGUCAAAAGUCAUCAUUAUGAGCCCCACAUGGCUAGGAGGACUUGCUCUUGUUUUUUUAUCCCAUGGUGCUUUCUCCAUGACUCUUUUUAAUGCUACAGAGCUGAGCUCUCUUUUGGAAAAGUAUGCCAAUGAAAAUGAAGCAAAACCGAGAGGAAAACGGGCAAUCAGUGCCAUCGAUAAACAAGCCAUCCUGGACCUGCACAACAAACUCCGAGGUCAAGUUUACCCACCUGCGUCCAAUAUGGAAUAUAUGGUUUGGGAUACUGAACUGGAGAGAUCUGCUGAAGAAUGGGCUGAGACAUGUUUAUGGGAACAUGGACCAGAAGGCUUGCUUAAUUACAUCGGUCAGAACCUAGGGGUUCAUUGGGGAAGGUAUCGCCCUCCUACAUCUCAUGUCCAGGCCUGGUAUGAUGAAGUUAAGGAUUAUUCCUUCCCAUAUCCUCAAGAGUGUAAUCCUUAUUGUCCAUUCAGAUGUUCAGGCCCAGUGUGUACUCACUACACACAGCUUGUUUGGGCAACCAGCAGUCGAAUUGGUUGUGCUAUCAACGUGUGCUAUGAUAUGAACGUGUGGGGACAAAUCUGGUCGAAAGCUGUUUAUUUGGUCUGCAAUUACUCACCAAAAGGGAACUGGUGGGGAAGUGCUCCAUAUAAACAUGGUACUCCAUGCUCAGCCUGUCCACCCAGCUAUGGAGGAAGAUGCAAAAACAACCAGUGCUAUAAAGAUGACAAUCAAUACUACUACGAGGAGACGGAGCAAGACAACAUCAUUGAGCCUGAAGCACCGAUCACCACAAAACGUCCCGACACAUACUCACACACAGACAGCAUCACCGUUGUGAGCACCGAACAGAUGUCACAACUUGUAACAUGUGACACAAAACUUCGAGACCAGUGCAAAGGCACGACAUGUAAUAGGUAUGAAUGUCCAGCUGGAUGUUUGGACAACCCUGCAAAAGUGACUGGAACUGUGUUCUAUGAAAUGCAUUCAAGUAUCUGCAGGGCUGGCCUUCAUUACGGAGUGAUCGAUAACAAUGGUGGCUGGUUGGAUGUCACAAGGAAGGGUAGACAGGAGUUUUUUAUCAAAUCGCACAAAAAUGGAGUUCAGUCUCUUGGAAAAUAUCAGAGUGCCAACGCCUUCACUGUAUCCAAAGUGUCCAUACAAGCUGUUACAUGUGAUACUACAGUAUCUUCAUUGUGUCCAUAUGAAAGCCCUGUUAGACACUGUCCCAGACUCUACUGUCCCCAAAACUGUCUGCAAGAAUACCCCCAGGUCUCCAGAGUCUUCGGGACCAAAAUCUAUUCAGAUAAAUCCAGUAUCUGCAGAUCAGCAGUCCAUGCUGGCGUGAUAAAGAAUGAGCAGGGUGGCUACAUUGACGUGAUGCCAGUGGAAAACAGGCUUUACUAUUACAGCUCCUAUCAAAACAACGUUUUGUCUGAGAGCAUGCAGAAUCCUCCAGGAGGAAAAGCUUUCCGAGUGUUUGCAGUCAUUUGAGUGCAUCCUGAACUAGAAUUACGUUUUAUUUUUUUUAUUUUUUAUUUUUUGGUCUGGUGGUUGUUUACACUAGUGAUUACAGAGCUAAAUACAGUUAGAAGGUAUGGAACAAUGAAGAGAUAUGUACAUAUUUGUUAUGUUUUCUUGAACUUGUUUCAUAGAUGUUACAUAACGUUUUGUUUUGGUGUUGUUCUCAUCCUGACUUUAAGGCAUUUAUUUAGAGGAAAAUACAGGGAAUAUCCAAAAGGUUCAAGAGGCUGAGUACAUUAUUAGAACAGUUUUAUCAUUUGAUCAUUUUGUUUUUGUUGGCUGAAGAUACAUAUAUA